AUGAUGCGAACUCACUGGACGGCAUUCUCCCAUUCACCCUGGUCAACGCUACGUCCUAAUCAAGACGUCGGCGCGUUUCGCGCGCGGAACCGCCAUGGCGCGGCGCUGCUGUCGCUAGUCGCGGCGAUCGUCCUGGCGGUACUCGUUCGUCCGGUCGCGCCGUCUACCGACGCUCCGGCUUUGCAUGAGUGCGACUCAUCGGACCCGCUAUUCUCGCCGCUCGCGCGCUCCGCGGGGGACCACGCGCACCGCUACCACCGCCCGGCGCACCAGUGCUGGAGCAAGGCGGAGAUGCCGUGCUACGCGGGGACCCGCGGCAUGGCGCCUCGCUCCGAAACUCUCAAACGCAAACUGCGCGCAUACCACGAGUACCGGCGCGAGUGCGACACGAAGGAGAACAUCACGUCUUUAAAGACAAAGCUGCGUGCGGGAAACGCGACGGAAUGCAGAUACCUCCUCUGGCACUUCAAACCCGGCGACGGGCAGGGAAACCAGUUCAUCUCGCUGGUGUCCGCGUUUGUGUACGCGCUGUUAACGAACCGGGUGUUUCUGCUCUUAACGGGGAUGGGACCGUCGAAGCUGAUGUGCCAGCCGUUUGAGGGCGCGCCGUGGUUCGUGUACUCGGACGUGCCAAACGAGCGGUGGGAUGCGACCCUGGUGGGCAUGAAAAUUGCUUAUCAGUACUUCCCGGAUCGAGUGGCGGCUAUUCAGAACGGCACCAGUGACACCAUGGAUGUACCUAACAUCGCACUGGUGAGCCUACACCACACGGAGCAGAACACAAGCAUCUUCUUCUGCCCCUCAGAGCAGCAGUGGCUGGCCCGCGUGUCAUCAAUCCUGCUCCUCGCCAACCAGUUCUUCCUCCCCUCGCUCUUCCACCACCCGUCCUUCCGCCGCCACAUGCAAGACCUCUUCCCCUCGGGGAGAAUAUUCCAGACCGUCUCCCAGCUCAUCAUGUUCCCCAACAACCGCCUCUGGGCGGCCAUAACGGACAACAUCCACCGCCGGGCGGCGCCGGCCGCCGCCCGGGUGGGGCUGCAGCUGCGGCACUGCAACACAGAUAUUAUUUCGCAGGCAGCAGAGUGUGUGGUGCAGGUGGCCCAAGGGGAGGCUGUGGCGGAGGCGAGAAGAGAGAGGGAGAAACGGGAGGGGGAGAGGGAGGCGGGAGGGGAGCCUGGUGGGGUGGGGGCAGUGGAAGGCGUGGGGGGAGCGGGUGAGGGUGGUGCAGCAGUGGGAAGUGGGGCAGCAGCAGGUGGGACGGGUGAGGCGACGGCAUAUGGAAUGGGUGUGGCGUCAGAGGAAGGGACUGCUGCUGCCGUUGCAGUUGCUCUGGCUUUGGAAAAGGGGGGCGCACCUGCCGCUGCCACCGCUGCUGCGGCUGCUGCUGCUGGUGCUGCUGCUGCUCUGGAAGGCAGUGGCAGCACGAGUGAGAGUGGAGGCGGUGUGAGGAGGACGAGCAGCUCAACGGUUGUGCUCAUUGCUGCUCUCUAUGAGUAUGCUCCCUACAACCUCUCGCUGCUGCUCUUCCCCAAUGCUCCCUCCUCCCCACUCACUUACACCAAGGUUAUUGUCACAGACAGCAGUGGCAAUGACACUAGUGACAACAGCGCUCAGACCGACCCUCUUGCCACGGAUCCCAGCGCCACUGCUGCAAUCCCCACAAGCACAGAAACCACCACCACCAACGUCAACAGCAACAGCAGCGCGGCUACCCAGGAUCUCUCUCCAGUAAGCACAGUGAUCAGCAUCCCUGCCAGCAGCAGCGACAUCACGAACAGCAGCAUCAUCAGCAACGGUACCUUCUCCCUGGACCGGCUCACCACAGAGACAGCUCAAACAGGACUAGACACCGAGGUGCAGCACGCCAUUAUUGACAUCUACACCCUCGCCCUCGCCUCUGAUGCCAUCCUCAUCUUCCCCACCUCCACCUUCGGGUACCUUCUUUCAUCGCUCUUCGGCCGGCCGGCGUUUUUUGUCUCGCAGGGCUGCCAGCCGGCACCGUUAGAGCCGUGUUACCAGCACCCCCCGCAGCCGCACCAGUGCUCGGAUGGGCAGCAGGUGGGAGUGCCGCCGUUCAGUGAUCCGUUUGGGUUUCGCAUCGCGACGCGACCACUCCGUUCCUCCCUUGGUCUUAGCAGCACUCACAGCACGUCACACGCGGUCGUCUCGCACCACUCCCACACCUCCGAAUCACACCGCCCUUCCGCCAUGGCGGCAGCGCGCGGCGGCGGCGGCGAGCAGAUGGCGGGCGACGAGAGCCUGGUGUUCGAAACAAGCAAGGGCGUGCAGGUGCUCUCGUCCUUCGAGCAAAUGGGAAUUCGCGAGGAUCUGCUUCGCGGGAUCUAUGCGUUCGGCUUCGAGAAGCCGUCCGCGAUUCAGCAGCGCGCCAUCAAGCCGAUUAUUGCGGGCCGAGACGUCAUCGCGCAGGCGCAGUCCGGCACGGGCAAGACCAGCAUGAUCGGCCUCGCCGUUUGCCAAGUCGUCGAUACGAGCUCUAGAGAGACGCAGGCGCUAAUCCUUUCGCCAACGCGCGAGCUGGCGGUGCAGACGGAGAAGACGGUGCUGGCGGUGGGCGACUUCAUGAACGUGCAGGCCUACGCCUGCAUUGGCGGCCGCUCCAUCGGCGAGGACAUCCGCAAGCUUGAGUUCGGCGUGCAGGUGGUAUCGGGCACGCCAGGGCGAGUGUACGAUAUGAUCAAACGCCGCAGCCUGCGCACACGAGCCAUCAAACUCCUCAUUCUCGACGAGUCGGACGAGAUGCUCAACAUGGGCUUUAAAGACCAGAUCUACGACAUCUACCGCUACCUCCCGCCAGAGCUGCAGGUGGUGCUGGUGUCAGCCACACUGCCCCACGAAAUUCUCGAGAUGACCAACAAGUUCAUGACUGACCCCGUGCGCAUCCUCGUGAAGCGCGAUGAACUCACACUCGAGGGCAUCAAGCAAUUCUUUGUGGCGGUGGAGCGUGAGGAGUGGAAGUUUGACACGCUCUGCGACCUCUAUGACACGCUCACCAUCACCCAGGCGGUGAUCUUCUGCAACACGAAGCGCAAGGUGGACUGGCUGACGGAGAAGAUGCGAGCCAACAACUUCACCGUCUCCGCCAUGCACGGCGACAUGCCCCAGAAGGAGCGCGACGCCAUCAUGACUGAAUUCAGGGCCGGCACCACCCGCGUGCUCAUUACCACCGAUGUGUGGGCUAGAGGCAUUGAUGUUCAACAGGUGUCACUGGUGAUCAACUACGACCUGCCCAACAGUCGAGAGCUCUACAUCCAUCGCAUCGGUCGCUCCGGUCGCUUCGGCAGAAAGGGUGUGGCGAUCAACUUUGUGAGGAGCGAUGACAUCCGUAUUCUGCGCGACAUAGAGCAGUACUACAGCACACAGAUCGAUGAAAUGCCCAUGAACGUCGCCGACCUUAUCUGA